AUGGCUCCCAAAGAAGCUCGCAGAAUGAAGAGGAAGAAUCAGCCGGAGAGGCAUAGUCUUGAAGAUUUAGAGAAGAUAAGGAAACUGGAGCGAGAUACCAUUCUCUACUUUAAAAGAUACGACACGAUAAUCAACAUUUUUUGCCUACUCACUGCAGAGAACCCUCCAUUUCAUGAAGUAAUUGAAAGGGGUUGUGUUCCUCGGUUGGUGGAGUUUCUUGGAGAGCAACAUGUUUCCCAUCCAAACCUUCGACUUGGAGCUGCACGUGCUUUGUCUCAAAUUAUAUAUUGUGGGACAUUGGAGCAUGCAAAAGUUGUUGUUGAAGAUGGUGCUGUCCCCAAGUUUGUAGAACUGCUUACUUCUGAGAAUGAUGAUCUGCAAGAGCUGGUUAACAAUUUCAUACUCUUCUUAUCAACUUCUUUAUUGGCUUUGGGUAGUGUUGCCACUAAAUCUAUAGGUUGUAGGGACCUCGUUCUUGGUCAUGGUUCUCUCACACAAUUACAAUAUCUGUUAGAGAAGUACUCUGAACCACCGAUGCUUCGUAGUAGCACGUUGAUGUUGCAGAAUGCUAGCCGCACUUUAGCCAUACUAUGUAAUGGCAGUCCACCUCCAACAUUUGAACAGGUGAAGUCUGCAUUGCCGACUCUUCAGAAACUUAUUCACUUGCACCCACCAGUUGGAGUUCUAGGGGAUGUUUGCAGGGAUGCCUGUCUGGCCUCUCUUGUCUGUCAACUGGUGCAGUCGAACAAAUUCAGCUGUCCAGAACUUCAAGUUGUUGAACCUGUUGUUCGUAUUGUGGGGAACAUCUUCAGAGGUAGUGAUUCUCAGAUUGAGUGUAUACUGUACAGAUCUUAA